UCUAUCUCAACUUAGAUUGCAAAAACCCUAAUGAUAGAUACUGAUAGCAACCGUUCGUUGAAGCAAGUCUAAGUCCCCUGGGUAGAAUUUAACACCCCAGAAAGGAGGCAUUGAGCUAUUGUAUGUGGACCAUACAUUACCUGUUUCUCUAAACAUGCCCCCCUCCUUUUAGCACAAUAACAACGCAAAUUGUUCACGUACCCUUAUGCCUCUUUCUGCUAUAUAAAUGCCUUCUUUCAUUCUUAGGGCAAACUUUAAUGCUCAAACAUGUGUACUGCACCAUCUCAUUGCCACCCUUUGUUGGCAAAACCAUUUUUCUUUUCGAUUUUUUUCAAUAUCAACCUCAGCUCUAGGGCAAAAGAAACUAUAUAGAGCCAGAAAAAGUAGCGCCAUAUAUAUAAUUAAUAUCAAUAUAUAUAAUUCUUUGGGCUUACUUCCCUAAGUUUCCAACGAAACUAGACCAAACUAGAUUGGAAUAAUUAAGUAGUAAACACUUGUGAUUAAGCGAGCCUUCAAUUCCCACACUCACCCACUCUCUCACACUCUCUUUUUAAAGUCACGAGACCCACUGUCCCAUUGUUCAUUCAAUUGUGUGUGUGGCGUGGCAGAGGAAUUGAUAGAGAACUUUCAAAGCUCUUUAUCUUCUACCAUCACUCAACUAGCCUCUAUAUUGCAGUUCCAAACUGAAAGUGUGUCUCGCAAAUUUUAUAAAAAGCUUUUAGUUCUAUCUUCCCUUCAUCUGAAAGAAAGAAAGAAAGAAAGAAAGAAAGAAAAGAGGAGUGCUGGCUGGCUUGCCCCUCAUAUUUAUAUAUAUUUUCUGUCUCUCUCUACUCUCUCUGCGUGUCGGUACCAUGAGACCAGAAGGAAACCCAUUAGACCUUAACAAUUUGCCCGAUGACUACAAUAGAGAUCAUGGCAAACAACUCCUCCAAGACACCUUCUCUCCCGAGAGGGAAACAGAGACGCUGAACCAUGCCCGUCAGCUGGUGUUUCGUAACGAUCACACCCUUGCUGCUCAUCAACCUCCACCUCACUUAGGAUGCUGUCAAGACCCAACAGCGGCAGCUCUCAGAUUCCCAAGAUACUUCUCUGCGUCAUCCACGUCAUCAACCGCUGCAGCAUCUCAUCAUCAGCCCUAUCUAUACGCUUCACCAUCCAGGCCACCGCCUGUCUCGUUCCCGGGGGCUCAUCACCAGUUCGCUCCUCCUCCUCACGAUUACUACGUGGGCCAUGUCCUCAGCACCGCCCAGCAACACGCCAUCAACUACGGCGGUGCGGCGGAGUCAUCAGCAGCAGGAGGCAGUUACACGUGCAUAGGUGCACCGGUGGUGGGAGGAGGGAAGGAGAGGGAUCAGGAAGGGUCGUUGAAUUGGGGAAGAUCAUCAUCAACAUCGGGAUCACAGCCUCAUCAUCGUUUGGAUCCUCCUUCAGCGAUCAAUCGGUUUCAAGAUGGGUUCUAAUAUAAUAUAUAUGAGAUGAGAUUCUUUGUUUAUUAUAUAUAUUGAGUAAGUGAUGAUUAUGAAAUAGAGUUGUAGUAUGCUAUGCUAUGCUAUGCAGUAUGUAUCAUAAAGACACGCCAUCCGAAUGAGAAUGAGAGAGAGACAUAACAAGCGAGGUUAGCUGACAGAUGGGGUCAUGACUCAUGAGUGAGUGAGUGAGUGAGUGAGAAGAGAGAGAAAGUUAUCACUACUUUGUUAUUUUCGGUCUUCGUUUCGUUUCGUUUGCUUUUAUUUUCUUUUCUUUUCUUUUGUUUUGUUUAUCUCAACAGUGACUUGGCUGCAGCUUUUGAGCUCAUGUACACGCUCAGCUACUUUGGCUUCUUCGUUUU